AUGGACCGUUACCGCAGCGAGUAUUUGGAAGACGAAGAGUUGGAUUUGCAACAACAAGGAUCCAGCGCUCACCCGGAGCCUGAACUUGUGACUUCCCAUCAAAACAUUGUUGACGAAGCAGAGUUACUUGCGGCUCAAGCAGCGGCCGAAGCAGCAGCGGCUGAACAACAACAACAACCAGGGAAUGCUUUCAGCAAUGUUGGACAAGGUUUGGUGGCUGAACAUCGAGAUUUGAUGAUUCAGUACUGGCAAGAAACCAUCGACUCCAUUGAAAACGACGAACAUGACUUUAAAAACCACCAACUUCCUUUAGCAAGAAUUAAGAAAGUAAUGAAAACCGACGAAGAUGUGAAAAUGAUCAGUGCCGAAGCACCUAUUCUUUUCGCCAAAGGAUGUGAUAUUUUCAUCACAGAAUUGACCAUGAGAGCUUGGAUCCAUGCAGAAGAGAAUAAACGAAGAACCUUACAGAAAUCCGAUAUUGCUGCUGCUCUAUCCAAAAGUGACAUGUUUGAUUUUUUGAUUGAUAUCGUUCCCAGGGAAGAAGAAAAGCCCAAGAAACCCAACCCCAAACACAUGGCGGGACCCCUUCCUAGCACCAAAAUUUCUAACGGAAAUCCUGAUUCCGGUGAUAGAAACACCUCCCCGGUGUCGGUACAAGCACCUCUUUCGGGAGUUCCACAACCACAACCUCCACAACCACAUCAACUUCAACAUCAACAGUCUCAGGUACCUGAAAGGCUGCAACCGCCAGGAAAUGGCAAUUACUCCAACUUUGAAGGAUAUGGCCAAUUUGAAGACUAUAGAUAA